GCUCCAGGCCUGCAGGACUCCGCGCGCUCCUCUCCGACCGUGCAGGGCCUCGGGGCGCUGUCGGACCCUGGCUAGGCCGCCCCGGCGCCCGCAGCCUGACUUCCCCGCCCCCCGCGGAGCCCCGCGGACCCCGCGGACACCCAGCGUCUCCCCCGCCGCCGGCCUCUCUCCAGAACCGGACCGCACGCCACCCCGCCAGAGCGGGGCCCUUCGGCACCCGGAAGCCUCGCGAGAGUUCGUGAGGCGUCCGCUCACGGGCCGUGCUGGUCUCGCGAGACGAGCGCGACCCUCCCCCGACCCGCGGCCGGGGAUCGGGGCCUCGGCGCCAUGCCGUCCGCCUUCUCCGUCCGCGUCUUCCCGGACAGCGUCCCCGCCGUCAUCUCGCAGACCGACUGGACCGAACCCUGGCUCCUGGGGCUUCUUGUCUUCCACCUGCUGUGCCUGCUCCUCACCUGCUUCUCAUCCCAGAGGUACAGACUACAGAUUGGACAUUUCCUGUGCCUAGUGGCACUUGUCUACUGUGCUGAGUAUAUCAAUGAAGUGGCCGCAAUGCACUGGAGGUCAUUUUCAAAAUACCAGUAUUUUGACUCCAGGGGGAUGUUCAUUUCUAUUGUGUUCUCGGCUCCACUGCUGUUCAAUGCAAUGGUCAUUGUGAUUAUGUGGGUUCACAAGACUUUGAAUGUGAUGACUGAGCUGAAGAACUUGCAGGAGAAGAGGAAGGAGAGGAAGAGGAGAAGAAAAGAAGAGUAACUGCAGGAGUUUAUUUCAGUCUUGUGCCAUGGUCAUUUUCCACACCAAGCCACAUGUGGCUCAGGCCUCCUCUGCUAGCAGUUGGACUUAGGGUUUGGAAACUGGUUCUUGUGUUUGGUGCCUACAGUGAUGGAGCCCAUGCAAAAGCCGCUUCUUAAAACCA